CUUUUUCCCGGCACUCGCCAACAUUUCUCAAGCGCCGCCUCUUCACCAACACUGCCACCAUUUGCGCCGCUAGUCGGAUCUUACUCCUUCCUGCCCUAAAUAUUCAGCCAAUCAAAGCCUAAUUAUGUCCUCAAACCUUCUCCUUCCUCUUCCUCUUCCUCUUCCAGUUCCUUCUCCCGCUGCCAUCCAUGAGCAGCUUAGCUCUCCCCUCUUCCCCAUGUCUAUCCUACGCCGCCUCGCGCCCCGCCGUCUAACCUCCCCCCACCGAAGGCGUCUCUCCUCCUUCGCUGCUGCCGCCGCCGUCCGCCAGGAUACCGCCGCUUGGACCCAAGCCCCGCUAGCCGAAAUCGAGCCCGUCGCCGAGUCUCUUUUCCACAUCAGCAUCGACGUCUCCGACUCCCUCGACCUCGCCGCGUCCCAUACGCUGCCCGGUCAGUACCUACAGCUCCGAAUCCCUGAGGUCGAGAAACCUUCCUUUCUGGCCAUCGCUUCGCCUCCUUCGCUUGCCGCAUCUAGAGGCGCGUUUGAGUUUCUGGUAAAGAGCGUCGCCGGCUCCACGGCCGAGCUCCUGUGCGCCUUAAAGAGAGGAGAUGUCGUGGAAUUGAGCCAGGUUAUGGGCAAAGGCUUCGCGAUCGAUCAGAUCGAUCCGCCUGAAAAGUACCCCACUCUUUUGAUUUUCGCCACCGGCUCUGGAAUUAGUCCGAUCCGAUCUCUCAUUGAGUCAGGUUUCGGUGCCAACCACAGAUCGGACGUGAGGCUUUAUUAUGGAGCCAGAAACCUGAAGAGAAUGGCUUACCAGGAUAGGUUCAAAGAUUGGGAGUCCUCUGGGGUUACGAUUGUGCCAGUGCUAUCGCAACCAGAGAAUAGUUGGAGUGGUGAAGCUGGCUAUGUACAGGUUAGUUGCUGCUUUUGCUAGGGCCACUCAGAUAUCCAGCCCAGCAGGUACUGGAGCUAUACUUUGUGGGCAGAAACAGAUGGCAGAGGAGGUAACUUCAAUUCUUGUAGAAGAGGGAGUCUCAACAGAUAAAAUCCUGAAGAACUUCUGAUCUGGAAAAUGGUUACGGACGGUUGUUGUUGCUCAAUUUACUGCUAUCAAUUAUUUGAUCCUGUAAGUGCCGAUUAGGUGAUGCAGUCGGAGGGGCUUGAGAGUUGAGAUCCUUUUGCCUCUGUGCUUAGCUUAAUAACACCAUUUUUGGUAGUUAUUCUUAUAGAUUAUUACUCCUAGCCUUGAAAAAACCCAUGCCUACUUCCAAAGAGGUUAAAUGUAAUGGUACAUAUCUGAAUUGUAAUACGAAAAGGGGGGAAAUGUGUGUAUGCACAACAGAUGUUACUUGGCAUUUGAUUUACAGCUUGGCUUCUAAGUGUAUGUGUUGGGGUUAUUCACCUAAUACUACAAACAACUACGUCAUCAAUGGGCC